UAGUAAGCCCGCUGAAAAUGUAUGGGAAACAGCUCAAAGUCGUAACAGUCGUCGAAAAAAUCGCAAAGCUACUGUAUCGAUUAAAGGAACCGCAACAGAUACCUCCUUAAAAGGAGUAACGAUACAUAGGUAUUUACAUGGAUGUUAUUUCAGUAACGACACAACACCUGAAUCCGUGAUAAAUCACCUAAAUAGCGUUCAUGGUGGUGUCGACUAUACAGUAGAAAAAAUACCAUCCAAACGGGACAGUUAUAACUCAUUCAAGAUAGGAAUCCCCAGCGGUGUGUAUGAAAAGUUUUUAUCUACAUCAGUUUGGCCUCUAAACAUUAAAAUCUCCGAAUGGCAGCCGUUUCUCCGACGCAGGGAGACCAUGUCUCCCUCCAACACCCCCGCACCAAGUGAAAACAAAUGAUAAAAUGCUUGACGUACUACACUUAAAUAUUAAUAGAUUGCAUAAUAAAACGUACAAACUAGAAAGUGAACUGCAACUUCGUGAUAAGGUUGACAUUCUGUGCUUGUCCGAGCACUGGCUGGAUACAAAACAAAUAACCUCUGUUAACAUAGUCAACUUCCGUCUGCGGGCCCACUACUGCCGACCGUCGAGGAUGGGUGGAGGAGUCUGCAUCUACGCCAGCCCCGAGAUCAUCACAAUGGAGCGCAAAGAAAUCACUAACUUGUCUGUUGAAAUGCAGUUUGAAGUGUGUGCAAUCGAGUUGAUACAGUUAAAUAUCUCGGUUUUGAAAUCGAUGCCGGGCUGACAUGGGGCCCCCACAUCCAGUCGACUUGCGAUAGACUGGCCUCUGCCUGCUAUGCGCUGUCCAGGUUAGCGCCCAGUCUGACUACUGAAAAUCUCAAAAUGGCGUAUUACGGUUAUUUCCAUUCGAUCCUUACACAGGGUGUUGAUCUCUGGGGCACUGCUGCAGACCGGGAUAGGGCGUUCAGGAUGCAAAAACGCGCCCUCCGUAUAAUCGAUGGUAAACCAACUGACCACCCAGCAAAAUUGUUAUUUAAAAAACAUAACAUACUAACUUUACCUAGUAUAUUUGUUUUGUCGGCUUGUAUGUACGUCAGAACAAAUAUAAAUAUGUAUAAAACUAGUGCACCUAUACAUACUCACGACCUGCCCCCCCGCAGACCUCCCCUUCUACUUGUUCCGAUGCGCCGGCUUGCUAAAUCACGACGGUCACUUGGUGUAAUCGGACCAAGGCUUUAUAAUUCACUUCCGUCUAAAUUAAAGGACUCGAAAAGUGACUCAAUUUUUAAAAAAGACCUUAAACUAUUACUCAUUAGUCAUGCUUGCUACUCGAUUGAAGAAUUUAUGUGUAUAAUAACAACCAAGGAUCGUUGACCCAAAAUUGCACUAAAAAAAAAAAGA